AUGGCGAGCUACGAAACUGAACAUGCUACGGACGCCCCCCGACAAGAGCAAACCCAGCCUCGCAGACCAGAUAUGUCCUCAUUCCUAAGCCAUCUUUCUGAGAUCAGCCAGCCGGACAGCCGUCACAGGCCCGAUGCGGUUCCUGUGCCAGCAGAUGUUUCUGCGCUUUAUCGCUCCCUCGCAGAAGCCUUCCAAGUAAUGCAAAGAGACAAUGAUAAUGCCGACUCGGACCUGCUCAGCAACCUCAUAGACUCAUUGAUGGGCUCGGCAGAACAUCCUCCUAGAGAGGUGAAAGGCGUGGACGAAGAGUACAUUGCGGCUUUAGAGCGUGUCAAUAUCAAGAAAGUCAAGAAGGACGCAGACUGUCCUAUCUGUGGAAAUCCUUUCACUGAAGAUCCGCAUCCACUACUAGUGAGGCUACCGUGCCAUCCCACUCAUAUCUUUGACCUCGAAUGCGUCAGACCUUGGCUUUUGCUUAACGGGACAUGUCCCUUGGAUAGAGCAGACCUAGCGCAGCGGGAAAGGGAUCGGAAGCAGAAACUGCUGGAUGAUAUCAAGAAAAAUGCUGCUCCCGAGGAUGAUGAAGAAGAAUGGGAUGGGCUGUAUGGGUGA